CAGCCCAGCCCGGGCAGCUGGAGGGAAGGAAGCGAUGGCCCAGGGGCAGGAGCCUGAAUUUUACCUGAAGUGGAAGCACUGCGAGACACCAGGCGUGAAGACCCUGUGCAAUCUGAAGAAACUUCUGAACUGCCUUCAGAAAGACCACCAGGAGGACAUCUCCCAGUACAUCUCUGGACAUCUGAACCCCAACAAGCUCUACCGGCCUCCCGAGACGGUCUUACAGCACUGGCCCAAUGCCAACCGACCCCGGGAGCAGCAUGUAUCUGGGGUGGGAGAGCCACCUUCAGGACAGGUGGCGAGGAUGAAGGAGGCCCUGGCGCGCUUCACCAUACACACAGCGCUGGUCCCCAGCGAUGCCCAGGACACACCAUUGUUCAGGUACCUGAACCCCCAGGCCUCUCUUUCCCACACUUCAGAAGAGGACCUCCUUCCAAUGGAGGCUCUUGGAGAAGGGACGGAGGAGAUGUACAGAGGCCCAUCUGGAUGGCGCAGGAGGGAAGAACUCUGGCUGUCUGACAUGAAGGCGCUGCAAUACCAGGAGGCUGGGCUCAGAGGCACCAGGGACCAGCACCACUAUGUCAGCUCCUACCUGACUGGGGUCACCAAGGCUGACAGCUACAGGAUGUUCCUGCGUUUCCAGAAGGAAGUGCUCGCCAAGCAAGAUCUCCUGGAAAAUGACUUCACUGGGAGCAAGGUGGCCAAGGGCCAUGAGAGAAAGCUGCAGCAGGAUCUCCAGAAAAUUUGCACGUGCAGCCCUCAGCAGUUCAACAGACUGCAUGUCUUUGGAAAAGUCUUUGAAGAUAUUUGUAAGAGCUCUUUGAUAUUUGGUGAUCUCUUGAAAGAAGUUAAGGAUGAAUACGAACUCUACAUGUCGACGCUCCUGGAGUCCCAGCCCCCCGCACAGUAUGAGGCUCUUCUGGCUCAACUCGAGGGGCUGGAGCAGAGGUCAGUGAAGACGGCAGACGUGGAUCUCGCCAGGGAGGAGCUGAGGAUGCUCGUGAGAGCCAUAAAAGCAGCCCUGGAGCGCAACGACAGACUCAGGAGUGAACUGACGAUAGAGCGGGCGUUGCUGCAGUCUGCAAAGAAACGAUCAGAAUCAUCUAAGAAACAUAUAAUUGAUGAGAACCAACUUACUCUUAUUGAGAAGGUUGAAAAGAAGAGGCGUGAAAUACUAAAUAAGUGGGAUGAGAUACAAGCUCUGGAAAAAGAAAUUAAAACAACUUUGGUUCAUACUGGAGUUUCAGAUAUCACUGAGAAUCGGAUUAAAAGCAUAGAGGUUAUUGAAAGCAACAUGAAGCAGACCAUGGGAAGGAUCAGUGAAGAGGGGCAGGAGGGCCUUUGGAAAUUUAUCAAGGAAUUUGUAAAAUUAGAAGAAAUAGAAGAUACCUCUCAAGCGACUGAAUAAAUAGCCAAUGAAAAUUCUUAACUUCCAUGUAUUUAGCAUGGUUGUUUGCAGAUAUAUAUAUAUAUAUACAUUCAUAAAGAUACAUUUCAUUUCUUCAGCUUUAAUCUCUAGUAAAAUUAAUGUUGUGUAUGUAUCCUGCUCAGAAUACUGAAAUAAGCACAUGUAUACAUAUGA